GUUUUUGCUGAGUUGUGGUUAUUACAACUCCAGGUUUUGCGAUCAUGUCUUCCGGAGAGAAACUUCCCAAAGGCAAGAGCAAGAAAGCUGCUCCAAAGGCCAAUUCUACAAAAGGUAAGACAUUUUUUAUGUCUGUUAUGAAAUUCGAUAUCAGAUAAUGAACCUGGAGCCAAUUGGUAAGUAAAUUUUGUUUAAUAGUGCUGUUGAGAGACAUCUAAACUUCACCAGGAUGAAAUGUAAAUUUAUUGUUUUCAACCAUGUAUGACAUUCCAGUCAGUCUUACCGCCCUCCCGCUCAAAUUGCGUGAUCCACGUCCAUGAAAAACGUUAGCGAAAGAUUGAAAUAUCUUUUUCUAUUCGAUACCAUCUAUCUCUCUGUUUUUCUUUUCUUUUUUCUUAAUAACCAGGUAAAGAACCUCAGCUGAACGACCAUCGAUUCCGAGGAGAAGGAGUAAAAUUCAAGUGCAAGGUAAGUUCCUCAAUGUCUUCUCCUUCACGAUUUAAAGCAAAUAGUUAAAACUGUGAAUCGCCAACGCGUCAGUUCGAUGUUUGUUAGAAGCAUACUAUAAUUUCACUGUUAUAUUAUUUUACGUAUAGUAACGUUCAACAGAUCUGCGAUAGAACAAUGAUACAAAUUUGAAAACAGAGAAAAGGUGAUGUACAUUUCAAUAUGUACAAUUGUUUCAUAGCUGUUGUCUUUAUUUCUUGUAGCUUGUAGGCACAACAGAUGUAAACAAUGCGAGAGGUGAUGCAAUGUGUGCAGAGGCCAUCAAGAACUUAAAGGUUGGUAGUGUUUCAUUUUAAUUGUGAUGCAUACAACUUUACUUAAAGUAUCUUCAAUUUUUUAGUUUUUUUUUUACAAAAAAAAAAAAACCUCUAUGUUAGUGGGUAUAGUGGUAUGUUGCUCACACCAAUCAGAUUGCUGCAUAAGGGUAUGUAUCUUGCCCAAUCAGAUUGCUGUAUUAGGGUAUGUAUCUUGCGCCAAUCAUAUCACAGCUUUCUUGCAAAUGAUGUAAUGGAAUCAGGUGGCUGUGCACAAAGAAUGACAUACACCAUAAAUUUUGGGCUAAUUUGAUAAGUGUUGAUAAAUUUGUUUUUUUUUCCCUUUCUCUUAAGGUGAAGUAAUGCAAUAUUUUUUGUCCAUUUGAAAGUAACACAAAGUGUCCCAUCUCAACCUGCCCAGCCAAAAAAAUAGCCCUUGUAUGCUACACAUGCCCAUGUUUGUAAUCAGUCAUGGAAAUCUUGUUUUUGAUUGGUCUUAUACAGGCUCAGUUUUCAGUUAACUGUUUCUUAAUUUCAUUUAGUUACUUAGUGUUUAGCAUCUAUCUGAAGUGAACAUUAUUCACGUGUGUUUUUGCAUAUUCACAGUUUCUGUCAUUAAGAAAAGACAAAAUCUUUUCAUCACAAUCUUGUUUCUCACAAGUUGUUAGUUAAUAAUAAGAAUUGGUAACAGGGCCAAUAGUAAUAGGUGAAUCAAAUUCAGUCUGUAAUCAUACAAGUGACUAACAGAACUGGAUGACAGCAAAACUGGAUUCUGAUUUGUUAAUCUCAAAUAUGGUUACUGAGUGAAUUGGACAACAAGAAGUCCUAGUAUAAUUUACUUAUAAUUACAACAAUUUCUGAGAAAACAACUGUUUUUUUUUACAUGGGCUUCCCAUUCCAAUCUUUGAACACUUAACUAUUUACAAUCUUUGACAGAAGUGUAAUAGAAGGCUUUAGGUUUUGUCUAAUGUACCAAAUUCUUCCAUUUGGGGAAAUCCCCAGCUUUGAAUGAAAGUGGUGCCAUGGUGACUAUAAUCAAGUCUGUGAGUGGUGGAUUAAUUUGAGUUCAUUGAUUGACUGAUGUAGCUGUUGGAUUACAACUCUAGAGAAGAACUAAGAAAAAAUACAUUUGUUCAUCCACUGUGGCCAAACACUUCUGCUAUUUUUUAGUGAUUUGCCAUCUGAGUUGUAAUUUCAACUUACUAGAACAAUUGUUAGUGGGAAGUUAAAAAUAAACCACAGCCAAGUUGGGUGAAGCAGCUUGGCACCAAAACAGGCUUAACUGCCAUGGCAAUGCAUAGUUUAUAGUCAUGGUUAUCCCAAUAAUUUAUUUUUUUCACUCAGUUUGAGUUCUAACAAGCUACUUUGUUCUAUUUUAUCAGAGGUUUUUCCGAUUGGUGAUUAGUUAGGUUUGGUUUAAGAGACUCUGUUAAGAAGGUAUUAAGUUCUCCAAACUCAGAUGGUGAUCACGAUGCCAGUGCAUUCUUAUUAUCUGGAAAAUAGUUUCUUUUUUGGUUAGAUGUAACUAUAACUUUUAUGUUAUUUUAAUGCAAGUAGUCUAUUUCUCACAGUUUCCAUCUUUAGAAAAAUACUAUCAAAUGUUUGUCCUUUCUUUGUAACUUUUCACAAUUUUGUUUUAUAAACCUUUCUCACUCUUUUUUUGUUUUUUUUUUUGCCUGUUUGGACAAAUUUUAUAAGGUUUCUUUGGAGCGAAAAUUUAUAGUUCAUUAUUAUGUAUUUCCUAAAGUUUUUGUCUUGAUCAGGGUUUAUUUGAGAAAUUGGCUAAAGAAGGCCCAAUGGCCCCCCUUCUUAAAUUUUAAGGGACCCUUUUCCAAGAGAUGGUUCCAAGAAAAGGGUUACCAUAACAAGGGUUCGAAUAUACCAGUACCUGUAUUGUCUCUUAAGUGUGUAAACUAAAAAGAGAAAAUUGUAAUUGAGACAGUAAGAUACAGCUAUGAAGUUUAAAAAAAGUAUUGUAGCUAUCAUAUCAAUUUUUUGCACCCCAUUUAACACCCAGUCGUAAGUCUUGUGGGACAUAUUUUUUUUGUAUUGUGGAAAUCCUGCAAAGCUUUUUUCUAGUAUAGACUGUGGUGAUAAAAUUGCCACCAAAAUGUUGGUCCUCUCUUUGUGUAUUUCAAGUACAUUUAUUAUAAACCUUUCUCUUGGUAAUGGUUGGUUUUUUUGUUGCUUGUUUGCAUAAUAUUUGAUAACAUUAUUUUGUACUUAAAUUUUCUAACCCAGGCGCAAGCCUUAAAGCUGAAUAAAGAAAGCAGGGAGCACAAGCAGAAAAUAAUAUUCUAUACCUCUUUGAAAGGAAUCAGGAUAGUGGAUGAGAAGACUCAGGUAAGUCUAUGUCUAGCUACAGGGACAAAUACAGUGUCAUGAGUCUCGUCAGGCUGUCACCUAGUUAAAAUUGGCAGUCUCUAAAGUUAAUUUUUAACAAUAUUUGAGGACAAUUUUCAGAUGGUUAUGUUACCAUCUAAAACCUGGGAAUUUUAAGUAUUUAUGGUAAUGAUGGGGUAAAAAUUAUAUGGUGUCUGAAGCAUAAAUAUUCAUUAAGGUCAACUACAAGAUGAUAACAAGACAAUAACAUCAAGGGCAUGGGAUAAGUUUAUGGAUGUUCACUCUGUCUGAGUAACAAACAUGAUGUUAGUCUGUAGAAUUGAAAUCAUUUUGGUAUGUUUUUGCAGAAAGUGCAGCAUGAACAUCCAAUCAAUAAGAUAUCAUUUAUCACUCAUGACCCAGAAGACAAGAAAGUAUUUGGAUAUGUGUGUAGUCAGCCCUGUACUACUGGACAUAAACUUUAUGCUAUUAAGUCUGAAAAGCCUGUAAGUAUACUAUGUUAAUCUUGAAUUAACUUUAAAACAAUCAGAGAAUAAUUAAUAGGUGCUUGUGGAUAUGGAAUUUCUGCAGUGUUCAACUUCAUGACUCACAAGUGAGCACAGAGAAGAAGUUAGGUAUCAAGUAUAGCACUGUAUCUAGUAUAACACCGCAUUUUAUAUAUAAAGAUUCUUCUCGUAUAAGAAAUAAGGUUUGAAAUUGGGGAAUAUUCCCCAAUAUUCCAGAGUUUUAGCUGGGGCAUAUGUGAUUGUCUAAUGCAUUUAGACCAAUCGUGUGAGAGAAAAAGUAUCAUAACUGGUGAUAUUUGCCAAGUGAUAUCCCCCAAUUUUCAAAUAUUUUAUCCAAUGUGAUAAAAGUCUUUUUGUGAAAGAUGACAAGUGUGAUCAGGUAAUUCUGCAUAAACUGUACGUUCAUUAUUGCUCACAAGUAUUUACUGAAGUCUUACAUCUCCAAAAAUUCACUUCACCUCAUGGAAACUUUGUCAUGAUUUGCAAUCACUUUCCUUAUGUUUCAUAAUUCAUUCUUCUCAGGCAGGGACUGUCACUGGUACUUUGUAUGAAUUGUUUCAAGUUGUAUUUAGACUUCGACAAGAGGCUGGAUUAACAAAAAAGGUUCCAAACAAUGCUUCUCAGGUUUCAAAUGGUAAAAUUCUUUGUAUUUUUAUCUUUUACUUUCUAUAUUGAUUAGUGUAAUAAGUAGGGGUAAUUGUUUCUAUUUCAAAUCAAGAUUCAUUGUGAGUAAGACAGUUAAUAUUAUAUAUGUGUAGCUCAUAAAAUGAUAAUGGUAAUUUAGUUAUGAUAAUUACAAUUUUGAUUUUUAUUAUUGCUUCCUUCAGGUCCAAGCUCACAAGAAGGAAUUUAUGAGGUGCAUGGAAUAACUUUACUCACUAGUUUUGAAUUGUUUAUGGUGUCAUUUAAGAUUGAUAUUAAUUUGGUCAAAAGAUAGUCUUAUUCACUGAAGGGGUGAAUAAUGAUUUUACCAAAGUCUAUAUUCAAUGAAUGCAAAGAGUUGUUUUGGUAUAAUCCACACAGAUUUUAAAAAAAAGUUCAUUUCUGUCAAUAUACCAAGAGAUGGUCAGAAAUGAAAUUGUUGAUCAACAUGCAAUUUUGUCUCUUUGGCUGCUUGGAGGUGAUAAGUACUUGCUACUCACUUCACAGCCAACAUGGAAUUGUUUUCUUUAAUUAAGUCUUAUAUUGAUUAUUGUCAGUAUAGAACAAACUGGAUCUGGUAUUUACCAAAAAAUGACUUAAAAAAAGAAAAUGCCAGUCUUAUCAGCAAGAGCUGUUAUUUUUUUAUUUAGGUGCCUUAUCUCUCAAAAUUACUGAAAGGUUUCAAUUUUUUGAAAUAAAGAUAAAACUGACAAGCUACACCCAGAUUGAAAGUCAAUAAUGAAUGCAGCUUACAGUUGAUCAUGAAUAUGAGCCAGUGAACAAAUAUCCAGGUGAAAAAUAAAAACAAGAUUCACAUUAUAAAAUAUGAGCCAGUGAACAUAAGUCAUUCUUAGUCAGGGGAGGAUAAUUUUCAGAAAAGCUAUUGGUGCACAAUCUGAAUGCUUAGAAGACUCAAAAAAUUAUUAGUGAAACUGAAAACACAGGAAAGAUGUGUGGAAUGGGUGUUUCUAAGAAAAAAGCCAAUCAGAGGCAAGAAAUCUUAGCUGUACACAGUAACAUGAAUUAGUCUUGUUCCAUAAUAUUGUUUUUGCAACACUUCCUCAUUUGAAUUUGCAUUUGUUGACUUCCCAUGGGAUGGAUUUAAAUAUUAACCAGAGCUGCACAAUAUGGAAUCUGCAGAUUGUAUACAAGGUCUAGUCACUCACCAUGCUCCCUAACUUAGAAACUACCCAAAUAUUUCAGAACAGUUUUUUUUAUUUUUGUAGUAAAUAUGGCAUACAGGACAACUUGGUCCCUGAUCUACUUGGUCAAAAUCAUUGUUUUUUGCUUAGCUUAUUAGAAUGCAGGAUUUGAUAAGAUAACUGACUGAGUUGUUCAUGUAUCAUUAGGUUCCAAGGACUCCACCUGUUCAGCCAAAACUUUCAGAACCUCCUUCUGAAAGUGACAGAGAGGGAACUGAGGUUGGUUUGAUGAUAUUUAGCCUUUACACUCACAAUUCAUGAAUAGCUCAUCUAAUGGCUUAAGAGAUAAUCUGGUCAAGUUCCUCUUGACUAAUGUGACAUUCAGUACCUUGGAACUGUUUGAAUCUCUCUGACUAGAAUUUACUAUAAUUUGGUUCUUGAAUAGUUGAUUACUAAAUUUUUGCAUAGACUUUGAUAGUAUCUAGGACUGGCAUAUUGAUUGUAGAAGAGAAAAAAAGAUCUUAGUUUUAUGGAGAGGUUUUGCUGUUGGCAAUGUGUAUCUUUUGUGCAAAAUGUGUUAUGACAACACUUGCAGUACUUUUAUAGCAGUCUGUAAUUGUGUAAUUUGACUUUCACAUUAUUCUUUACAGGCAGCACCCUCAACAGGUUUUCCAAGUUCCUCUUCUCUUCUCAGUCCAGCAUUCAUGAAUAAGGUAUUUAUCACAAUGCUUUACAGGCACUGCAACUUUUACAAAGGCUUAAAGUCAAAAUAGCCAUAAGGAAUGGGGAGAAUGGAAAUAGCAAUUGUUUUGGUUUGCAGAGCAUUGAAAGGUUAGUAGUAGAACAUCCAUAUACUGGCUCUUUGACCACUGAUGUGAGAUUCAAUUGGAAUUUGGAUUCUUAGUCUUUUUUCAGGGAAAAAGGGUGAACUUUGAGAAAAACUGUCUGCUAAGUUACCCAAUAGCAAACUUGGCCCACUUGUGUUGCUAGGUGUAUAGUUUAGCCCUGUCUACAACAAUCAAAUGAGAGUGCAUGCACCACUGAACCAUCCUGCUUGCUUCCUUAAUGAUGUUUUCUAAUGAAAUAUUUUGCCUUUGCAGGAUCCUGAUCAAGUUUCACAGGUAUCCAUGGAGUCACCAUUUCCUGCCCAUGAUGGCACCAGUGCUGACUUGGCAUUCUUCAGCUCCUCUGUGUUUGAUCAUGCAGCAGGUGAAUCAGGAGCAGCAGACACAGUAUCUGCGGCAUCAGCUGACAUAUCAGUAGUGAGAAGUGGUUCAGUGUCCUCUGGAUCAUCAGAGACACAUUCUCAACACACUAAGAGUGGACACUCAAGGAGUGGUUCUCUGGUGAAUCAGAUGGGUCCUAAUGAAGGAUCUCAAGCUGAAUUUGCAACUAACUUUGAUGAUACAAAUGUGUGGACUCCCUCCUUUGGUAACAAUGAUGGACAGGAAGGAGACGAGGCACCAGAAAGUGGAAGCCUUGAAAACAAAGUAGCUCUUUUCCCCCCUCUUACUGAUACUAAGAGAGAGGACCAAAUAGAGAUGCCAUCAACUUUGGAGACAUCAAGUGGUUUAGAAAGCAGUUCAGACCCUUUUGCACCAUCAGAUGGGUCCACAAGAUUGAAUGAAAUAGCCCAGCCUACUGGUGAUAAUUUGUUCACUGAAUCAUUUGCAACAUUCGAAGCAUCAUUUGACAAGGCUGAGCUGAAAAAUAACAAAGAGAACCCCUCCUGUUAUGACCCUUUGCUGCCUCAAGUGGUCUUCAAGAUAAGGACACUGCCUUUGGAAGUGCUCAACAACAACACAACUCUGCCAGUGUCCAAGAUCAAAGUCAAGAAGACAAUGGUGAUGAGGAAACAGUUGACUCUGAGAGGUCAGAUAAAACUGUUGAAAAGGCAGCUGUAAGUUUCUCUUGGGACAAUGCAUUUGAAGAUACAAACACAACUUCCCAACCAGAAACAACUCAGAGCACUACUACAACACAAGGACAGUUCUCUUGGAUGGAAAGUUUUACUUCUGAGGAUGUUGAAACUUUGCCAAAAGCUGACCCUGUAACUUCAACUGGAGUUUUUUGGGAUGAUACCUUUGGUGAAGCUGUGGCAGCUGAAAAAGAAUCUUCCAACCAAGCAGAGGAACCUUUCUCGUGGGAUAAUGCCUUUGGUGGAAUGGCUGCAGAUAGAAGCAAUGAGCAGUUUGACCAAUCACCAUUUGGUGAUCCUUUUAGUGUUUCAUCAACUGUGGAGUCUAGUACUGGUCCAAUUGAUGUGUCACAGCAAAGUGAUCAGCCAGCAUCACAGCAUGCUAUCUCUAAUGAUUUUGAAUUAGGUGGCUCAGUGUCUAAUGUACAGUCAGAGUUACAAGCUGAUGUUCCUCCUGAUGAAGCACUUCCUGCGCCUGCAUCAAAAUCUGAAAGUGACACACUUGUCUCGGAUACUCUGGGAUCUGGUGAUCAACCUGGAGAUCUAUUUGAAGAGCUGAAGAUUUCUUUUCAAGGUCCAGACAACCAGAAGAAGGCAGAUAUUGAGGAAAGUGAUGAAAGCUCAGAGCCUGAAAUCGGUAAACUUAGUGAAAAUGUUUUAUUUGGUGCAGAAAAUGCUUCAAAUGAAUUGGGGGCUAGUGAAAACAAGGACACAACUAAGGUAAUGAAUCAGAUGGACAGUGCUUUAAACUUAGCAAAUGAAGAAUCUCCACCCUCAGACACCAAAGAGGAAGAGGUCAAGAAAGAAAAAGAUGGAAAUUCAGAGCCCCAUAUCCAGGAAUCAAGUUUUUCAAUCUCCCAACGUUCCAUCUCUCCAACUGUCCCUCCUCCUCUUCCACCACGCCCUGCAUUAUCAGCCCCUCCUCUCCCAGCCAGACCAGCAAGCUUCAACUCAACUUUGUCACCCAGAAUUUCCCCUUUCAGUCCCCAGACAUCCACAGGGCCACCAGCAUCAAACUCUCCACAUCAAGGGAAGAGGAGCAGUGCAAAGAAAACCCCUCCUGCGCUGCCACCUAGAGUAGAUUUGAAUGAGAAAUCACAGAACAAGUCUUCAAAUGUAACAGAGGCAUUUCCAGAUCCAUUUGGUGGAGAUGUAUUUGGUCAGAAGUUUAAUGAUAACAAAGUGAUAACUCAAGAUGGAACCUCUGAUUGGGCCACAUCAUGGCCUAAUUCAGUGGAAGUUUCUUCUGCAGAGAAAGGCAAAGACCUUUCUGAUCCUUUCAGUGAAGACUUUUUUACAAACUUUGACUUUCCUCAAAAGUCUCGUGAGGAAAGUAUUAAAGUUGAUCCUUUUGGUUCAACAAAAGUACCCUCUGAAAUUUUUCCAUCAGAAUUGGAAAAUCAAGAUAUGUUUGCACAGUUUACCCCUGGUAAAGGGGAAGGUGUAUUUGACAGUGGAGAUCCUUUUGAAAAUGACUCUUUUGCAGCAUUUCCUGCAGAUGAUCCUUUCAGCGAUAUAAGUGACCCUUUUGCAGACAAAGGAGUUUUAGGUGAGGAUCCAUUUACUGAUAGUCCACGAAAGCCACAGUCUGGGAAUGCUUUCACUCUCAAUGAGGUUUGUAUUUGUAUUUUUAUUUGUAUUUUUUUUUCUCAAGGAUUGGUGGAUUUCAUAGUCUUUUAAUAACUCAAUGGUCUGACUUGAUGAAUCUUACAUUUUCACUCCACCAUGGUGUGAGAUUUGCAUUCUAUUGGUUUUUUUACUGAAUUAAUUUUUUUUUUCUUCAUGUGUGAGCUGGCGGUAUUCUUCAAAUCUUGUCAUCUGAUUGGUUCCAAAAUGUUUUCAUUCAUAGAGAGUCUUGCCAAAAUUACAGCCCUAGAAAAAAUUAAAAUCUUAUUCACCAGCCUAGGUCAGUCCACAUUGGGAAAGACUGUGCCCUGUCUUGAGUGCUGCCUUCGGCCUAUGGCCUCAGAUGGUAUUUAAGACCCCAGACACAGUUUUUCCCAACAUGAACCUCCCAGCUGGUGAAUAAGAUAUAUUUAUUACUGGCAUUAUUGUGGUUAUUUUUAUUAUCAGUUAAUCAAAUUCAUCGUUAAGGUAUUCAUUAUCAUAAAGGGAGGUGUGGCAUUAUGUAAGUAGAUGAUAACCAUUUGAAAAAGCACAGCAUUUUGGAAAUGUCACCACAUUGUUUUCUUGGUCAAAUAAUCAGAAUUGACCUUUAGAAAUACCUUGAUGUGGGUUAGAAGAAAAUCAUGCAGUGUUAUGCAAAUAGUUUGUUUAGAUUGGAGCCAAUUGGAAUGUCCUAGCUUGUAAACUUUCACGAUUUUAGAAGUCAAACUUUGUUACAUUCUCUCAUUUUUUUAAAUUUUUCUCAAAUUUUCAUUUGAGAUUUGUCAAGACAAUGUUAUUUAAUAUUUACACAUUUAUGCAGAGGAAUAGUUCUCAUGUUUGUCUUUAAAAAUAAAUAUGUAUAUUCUUGAUGAUCUGGGAGGCAUGGUAAUAAUUUUCUCUUUCCUCAUGUGUGUAUAGAGCUUGGCGGCAUCUGAUGAAGAUUCUUUUGCCUGAGAAACAUUGCAGGUAUGUAUUUGUAACAUUUUAACACAAUGAACUGAUCUGAAUAUCAAUAGUGGGAGGUCCUGUGAUUUUAGCAGCCUCCACCAUUUAGUGUUCAUUCAUAGAAGAAGGAUUUAAAGUUUCACGUAAUGAGGGUAACAAAGGGAGGUCCAGUCAAUUUCUGGCUUUUUUAAAAAACAUCAAAUUUUAAAGGUGUCAAAACUUUAUGAUGUUACAUUAUCAUGAUAAUACCCUUCUGUUGAUAUACUUCUCUAUUCUCAUCACUUGUGACUGGGAAAAUGUAGCAGAAUAUGCAGACAAAAGUUACUUGUCUAUCAAUGUUAGGAGUUGUUAAUGAAUGUGCUAUUGUUCUUGUUUUUUGUUUUUGAUGAGAAGAUAGCUAUUUGACCCUAGCAUAUUUCAUCCUUUCAGUGACAAGAUGCUAAGUGCCAUUGCAUUGAAGGUCUUGCAUAUUUUUACUGACAGAUGUGAUGUUUACUUAUGGAUUGGAUUAAUUAUUUAAUAUGCAGUAUCAAAUGCAUGUAACAUUUUACCUUAAAAUCAGGGUAUUAAGAUUAUUAAGUUAAAGACAAUAUAGUUUUAACAUUCAAAGAUGGAUAAUCUGGGUGUGUAACCUUGGUACUGAAAAUGUGUUUCUGUAAUCUAAAUAUCAGUGGCAUGUGACUCUUCACACCAUUUUAGUUUCUUUGGGUUAUGACAUGCACAUGCCAUAUCAAUUUAAUAAGACAGAAACAACAGUUUGAUUAAUUCAUGAAUGCAUCAAGAUCAUGUAUACAAACUUACUGCAGAUGGAAAGCAAUGAUAUUGUCAUCAGCCAACAACUUUUAAGGGUAAUCACAAGUUUAUUGUGUAAAGAAGGCACAAACCAAGCAUACUUACUGAAUUAACAAUUUGCAUGCUGUUUUGAUAAUGACUAUUUUGAGAUAAACUUACAGUUUACAAGUAAUUUUCCUGUUAUGACUCAGUUGAGGUCCUGUCUGAGGGUAGUUGAAAACCAAGGCUGAAAAUUAGAAAUUAUUAAAACAGGAGUACUUUGUUACUAAAUAUUAAAAAAGAAUCCAGCACUAUAUAGAACAAAUUUAUCACAAUAUGGCAGCAAAUUAUUCUACAGUUUUGUAUGUCUGCCUCUGCUCACUGCAAAGUGUAAAUAGAAUUCUGACAUAUCAGUAACUCUAAUGUGUUAUAUUUCCUAAUCUUAAGAAUGAUAAUAUGCUGAAUAUUUUGAUCAGUGGCAAAAAA